AUGGCUUCCCAGCAGCCUUUCACCUCCCUCGAGGCCGUCAAGAGAACCUCACCACCUUCCGGACAGUCCAAAUUCAGUGCGAAAGAUUGUACAAGCUAUCAACUCUUUGACGACGUUCUCGAUCUCACCAGCGCUCGCUCAGCCGACCAUGACCUGCAAUAUGUGACAGCUCUUCGUGCAGCGAAUCCACACAUGAUAGUGACGGCAAUCCCAACUAGCAACAUUCCAUUGCUUAGGUUCGCCGGAGCUGGAUUUGCUUCGUACGAGGUAGACAAGGAGACAGACUCGUUCGCCAGCUGGAGAGGCUAUGUCGGUCCAUCCGCAUCAUCUCGCGAGGGCCAGCUCGCCGAAUCUGUUCACUUUGCGAAGCAUCACUACAAAUGGGGCAAUGAGGACUUCAUUGUAUACACAGUGAUGGACUUACAGUACGUUCUCAAAGAGCGCCGUGUGUCCGAACAUCCUCUCGGACCUUCCGAUGCCACCGAUGCUUUGAUCAAGGCAGUUGGAGCCUGGCUGCUCAACAAAAUUGUUUGGUGUUACGACGGCUAUUGGUAUCAAGACAAGAAGCUCUACGAAGAAGUGCACAAGAUGACAUGGGACAAGGUUAUCCUAGACGAAGGCAUGAAGAAAGAAUUAAAGGAGACAUCAGAAAAUUUCUUCGACUCGAAAGAUACUUACGAGGAUAUCGGAGUGCCAUGGAAGAGAGGGCUCAUGUUUCACGGUCCUCCCGGCAACGGCAAGACAAUCUCGAUCAAAGCUCUAAUGCACAGCCUGCUUGAUCGAAAGCACUCCAUUCCGACGUUGUACGUGAAGAGCGCACCGAGAGAGUAUUCCAUCAAGGACGUUUUCCUAAAGGCCAGGGCACUAUCCCCUUGCAUGCUGGUUCUGGAGGAUAUCGAGACGAUCGUUACGCCCCAGACGAGGAGCUAUUUCUUCAACCAGAUGGACGGACUCGAAGACAAUUCUKGUCUCUUCGUAGUCGCAUCGACCAACUAUUUGGAUAGAUUGGACCCAGGUCUCACCUCACGACCCYCGCGCUUCGACCGCAAGUAUUUGUUCCCGCUACCAAAUGAGCACGAGAGAACGCUGUACUGCGAAUACUGGCGCAAGAAGGUAUCCCACAAGGGUGACAUCCAAUUCCCGGAGAAGCUCUGCCCUGCCAUGGCCGGUAUAACGCACGACUUCUCAUUUGCAUACAUGCAAGAAUGCUUCGUGGCUAGCCUGCUAUCCAUCAUUCACCAGACUGAUAUCGAGGAGUCCAGUGAUGAGGAGAAUCUCGAAAAGUACGAGCUCUGGGUCGCCUUCAAAAAAGAAGCCGACAUACUCAGGAAAGAGAUCCGCACGGAGACAGCGACAGACGAUCAACCUGCGAGUGACCCUUUUUCACAGAUGCUCAUGCUCACCGGCGGUGGUGGUGGUGGUGAGAUCGAUGAGAUGCUGCCGACUCAUCUUCCGGGCAAAAGCGAUGUGAAUGUCGGCGCUCCCUGCGAGGUCGCGUUCCACAACGGGCAAGUGGGCACUCUGCCCACUUCGAAAUCCAUUCGUGUGAACUCGGCGGCGUUUGAGUGGGUUUGA